CACUGUGAUAGCCGGCAAUGUAACGUAAUUUGAUUGAGUUCUUAGUAUGGUGCGCUAAAUCAACAAUUAAUGUUUCGGUUGAAAAUAUUUAUCAGGAAACGUUCUUUCAUGUUAUUCAUUAUAUUCUGUUUUUCUUCCUGCUCAUUACAUUUACAAAAGGCGUGUCGAAAUACUGCCGGGAUGUGUACCUGACAAUCUAUGUUUUCUAGUGUACACACGUAUAUGUUGGGUCACUACUUCGUUUUAUUAACAGAUUUACUUGUAAGAUAAAACAUUAGUUGUUAGCUUGGUUUAAUUGCUAGGAAACAAUAAAAAUACAAUUUUAAGAUCGGCGAAUACAUACCGUUGCUAUAUAUGUACUUAUGUGUUUAUAUGUACUGUGUUCUUGGACUCAGAGAGGGUAAAAGGAGAAAAUAAGUUACAAGGGAAAAGCCACUAAGGGAUAAAUACCAAAUAUUACGGUGCUCAUACAUAUAAAUUGAAUUUGACUCGGAAAAUGUGGCCGUAUGACAAAAGCUUAGAGUUUAAUACAUUGACAUGUCUAUAGCACACCUAAAAACUGAAUUUACUGGGUUCAAUAGAGUAAGUUCGAAUUCUGCAUCCAGUGCCAUCUCAUCUUUCAACAUCCCCGCGGCUACUGUGUCAUCGAGCUCUUCUUCAUCGCGCGAAAGUGCUGUUGCGCCAGUAAUCAUUUCGCCCAAAAAAAGGGAUAAAGGUGCUGUUGUGAUGUCGGCUCAGGUCACAUCGAAGAUCCUGGGUAACAUAAACACAAAAGAGUCGAUUCAAAAGACAAACCCCGUACACCAUCACGAAAUGGCCGAACAAACUAAAGUCAGUGCGACAUCUCUACCGCUGUCCGACGAUCCGCGAACAUUACAACUGGCGUUGGAACUAUCACUUGUCGGAUAUAAUGACAAUCGUUAUACACAACCUGUUCAAUCCCUACCAUUGCCCCUUAAUGCACAAAGUGACUUUGAAUUAGGUACAAUGCCAGCGUUCUCCAAAACAGACAGCACCCUGCCACUUGCAUCGGCUCCGAGUUGCCUCUUAUUACCUGCUGCCGGCACCGUUAGCUUAGAAGACCGAUCUAAGAAGUCGCAAAAUAUGACCGAAUGUGUUCCAGUCCCCAGUUCUGAACAUGUUGCUGAGAUAGUGGGCAGACAAGGUUGCAAAAUAAAAGCUUUGAGGGCCAAAACUAACACUUACAUUAAGACACCGGUUCGAGGAGAAGAACCAGUAUUCGUGGUGACUGGUCGUAAGGAAGAUGUUAACAAGGCUAAACGAGAAAUACUUUCCGCAGCUGACCACUUCAGUUUGAUACGCGCUUCACGCAAGCCCAUGAGCGACGGCCACAAUGGCGGAGGUUCAGGAAGUACGAGUGGUUCCGGAGGUGGAGCAGUUCCCCGCUUACAGUCAGGUCCACCAUGUAUGCCUGGACAAGUUACCAUACAGGUACGUGUUCCCUACCGUGUAGUUGGACUUGUUGUUGGGCCCAAAGGCGCUACGAUAAAACACAUCCAACAAGAAACUCAAACUUACAUUGUGACACCAUCGCGAGAGAAGGAACCUAUUUUUGAAGUGACUGGCUUGCCAGACAACGUAGAUACAGCACGAAAGCAGAUAGAAGCACACAUUGCUCUUCGAACUGGAACCGGAUCUGGACACUGUGAUGCUAUUACUGUGAAAGGUAGUGAAUCAGUUGAGGCAAAAGAGUUUUCGCCCCUGCCGACAAUAAAUUCUUUAACCCAAAUACUAAAUGACGACUUAAAUUCAGAAAUUUUGUCUUCUAUAUACAAUAAUGCUAUUCCAUCUACACAAGGUUAUGCAAAUAAUUCAGUUAAAAUUAUUGGAAACGAUUCAAUGAAGCCUAUACCAAAUCAUCAAUCUGGCAUUUGCUUUACAAAAAAUGAGUUUCCUGAUAUGGAAUUGGCAGCACAUAUAACGGGAGCAGGAGUAUCAGAUAAACAUCUUCCGGGAAAUGAAGUUGCAAUGCCCUUUGCCAAAACUAAUGUAGUAUUUCGUAACACAUCUAAUAAAUCAUUGUCCUUCUGCACUCCCACAUCUACAUCAGCGAGUGCAAAUAUAUUAACAAGAUCUUGUUCGUCUGCUUCCUCAACAACUUCAACAAAGAGUACCAAUAAUAGCGUUAACACGCCUCCGGAAAUAUUGAGUAUAUGGAAAAAUAUAAGUGAUUCAAUUGACGUCGACGAGGGUAUAGGGGAUUCGCCAAGUAUCUGGAAUCAACCGCCAAAUAUAGCCACAGCUCACUGCUCACCCACUAUCUCAGUUAGUCCAACGGACUCACUCUUAGGCCUGGGUGAACAUUCUGCAAAUCCAAAGAUUCUGCACCACAGUAAGGGGUCGACUAUAUGCAUCAACCAGCAAAAGACACAAUCCAUUCAGUUGCAAUCUAACACCGACAAAUUUUUAAUAAACCGCGAAUGUUUUGUUUGUAAUGAAAAUGAUGUUACUACUGCUUUGGUUCCAUGUGGGCAUAAUAUGUUUUGCAUGGAGUGCGCAAAUCAAAUCUGCAUUUCCAUGGAAGCAGUUUGUCCGGUUUGCAAUUCUAUUGUUUACCAUGCAAUGCGCAUUUUAGGAUAAAUCGAAUUUGAUUAGGUUCUAUGCUACAGAUUGUUUAAAUAAUUAUUUAGAUUUAUAAUUUGUUAAUGAUACUUUCUUGGUCUUGACUUCAAGAAGUGCAUGAAAAUUAGUACUAAAGUUUACAAUUUAAACAUUUGACUUUAAAUAGUUUAGUUAUUUUAGGUGAUUCGGGCUUUGCGAAUUGUAAUAUUUAUCAUGGUGCUAAAGCGCAUCCGAAAUUUUUGAUCGAAAAUACAUUUUUGAAACAGUUGGAAACUGUAAGCUAAAAGUGGCUUGAAAUUAACCUUUUUUACCAAUUUAAAACAUUAAAUGAUUUUUAAGAAAAUUUAACUGUCCUCCAAAAACAUUUUGUUGUAACCUUUUGCAUUAAAUUUAACUUUAGAUAAAGAAGUUACAUUUCUGCUACCACUGGUUGGGUCAGGCCUUAAAAAAUGUCUAUCCUAGUUUAAUUGAUGAGUGUUAAGCAAGUAAUAUUUGUUUUGUAUCGAAUUAGCCUAUAUUACUCCUAUUGUAAGGACACAUUUCUUCCUUUCGAGUUAACGGAAAAUAAAAAGAAGAAAAUAGUGUCUAUUAAAUGUGAUCAUUGUAUGUAAUGUAUGAGCAUAUUGCAGUGGUUGUUGGCGACAUUUUCAAUGUUUAAUAUUUUUUUUAAUUUAACAACGCCACCCCCUUUUUUAUUUCAUAUUGCAUCAGAUAAAACUUUUUUUGGAGUUUAAAAACUUUAAAAUAUUCCUAACAUAUUCUUAAAUUUUAAGCCGAAACGUGUUAUGUUAUAUACUAAAUAUGUCAAUCAAAUAGACUUUUAUAACAGUUUAAAAAGCUAUGACGACCAAUUUUAAUAUAUUAUAAACGCACUCCAUAUUUUUUACAUAAGUAACAUGUUUUCGCUUUUUAGAAUUUUUAUUUUUCAGACAAAAAGAUAAUUUUACAUAUCAUUCCGAUAAAUAGGCUCUUAUAGUUUCAUAUUUUAAAGCGGUCGUAAAAUAAUAAAAUUGCUAAUAGAAUAAUUUGUUGUGGUAAAUGUUAAAUACUCGAUAAGAGGCUAUUAUCCCAAUGCUAAAUACAUUACUUUAAAGUUGGUUAUUUUUAUAACAGAACACUAGUCAUGCAUGCAUUAAACAUUUUAACUGGAAAAUGAAAAGAAAACUACAAAUUGGCAGAAAUACAGACAUUUUUUGAUCAAUGUUAGUGCAAACUAACUUACAGCAAAACUGAUAUAAAGUGUCUGUGUGUACAUAAAACCAAAACUAAAAAUUGACUUCACGAUAAAUAAAUAGUAUAAAGAUGGAGGAAUUUUUAAAAAAAUAAUUUUUUUCUAUUUUAUAAAAAACGAAAAAGUCACCGAUAGCCGCUACGCACUUAAAAUUUGAAUUUUUAAAUUUAAUAUCCAAUAUUUUUUAUUCUAUUUUAAAAAAAUAGAUAUCCAUAUUUUUGAUCAAGCUCACAAACCGAGUCGUCUACUUAUUGGCCAUACAUGGAAAUACAAGCUUCUAGAAAAUACAUAUAAAUGAUAGUAAAGAUAAAAUUCCAACAUUGAAUAAAAACAAGAGGAAACGCUAUAGUCGACUGCCGCGACUAUAAGAUACCCGUUACUGUUUUACA